GCUGCUGCUGUGCGCCCUGCCUGGGGGCUGCCCCCGGAGGAGUCGCUGGAGGAACAGGAGGAAACGAUUGGAAUUGUUUCACUUGGCCUCAGCUGCUCGGUGCAGAUUUCAUCAUCCCCACCUGUGGCAAGCGCUACUAAAUGUUCUCUCCUUUGCCCUGAUCGGGCUUUCAAGUUGCUGCCAAGUGCCACGGGAGAGAGCAGAGGCAUCACCUGGCGAGGUGCCCCGGCCCGGGUGACGCAGCGGCUUGCGAGUGGAUUAAGCAGGCAGAGCCUCUCCUCGCCAGCCCUGCCCAGAGCCUUCGCCCAGCCGAUCUGCAGCCCUCCAGCCUGCUCGGGCUGCCUAGCCUGGCCCUGCUGCUGUCCUGAAGCAUGUCCCUGCUGUCGCCGGGGGAUGAGGAGGAGCCCGAGCGCUUCGAUGGUCUCUCUCUCCUGUACUGGACUAUCAUGGGCCCCCACGGAAUCAAUCGAGCUGUCCACCGCCUUUCUUUCUCCGACUGUCAGGAUGGAUUAGGAGUUAAAAUCAUUGGAGGUUACAGGGCACAGACAGCAGAAGAUUAUGGGAUUUUCAUCAAGAGAAUCCUGCCUGGAGGCGUUGCUGCUGUAGACAGCCGUUUGCUGGCUGGGGACCUGAUCCUGGAUGUCAAUGGAGAAAACUUGGUUGGAGUCACCAGUGAGAGGGCUGUGGACAUCCUGCGCACAGCAUCGGCAUCCAACCACAUGUCCCUGCUGGUUGCUCGAGAUGAAGAAGCAAAGAAGGAAUUCCAUGACCUGAUGGAUAAGUAUGGCUCUCACAGUGACACCAACUCUGCAAAGACUUCUCCAACGUUAGCUGCAAAGCCCACAGAGAGUCCUUCCUCUGCAUCGUCCUCCAGGUCACAGAGUCCUCAGCUACAUCCACGGGAUAAUGUCACCACCAGCAGCAGGAACAAUUCCAUCCCAGCACCACCCCCAAAGCUUGCCAGAGACAGUGCAUUCCAGAUCAUCUCUGUCUGCAAAGGAACAAGCCUGGGGUUGAGCAUUGUGGGAGGAGUUAACAGAAAUGAAGGACCUUUGGUGUACAUCCAAGAAGUUAUCCCUGGUGGGGACUGUCACAAGGAUGGAAGGCUGCAGCCUGGAGAUCAACUCGUGUCCAUAAACAAGGAGUCCAUGAUUGGGGUCUCCUAUGAAGAGGCAAAAAGCAUCAUCAACAGAACCAAGAUGAGGAUGGAAAGCUUCUGGGAGAUUGCUUUUAUUAGGAAGAAAGUUACUGCCAGCUGCUCAGAGGAUCUGCAACGUCCUUCCAGCCUCCCCCCUUCUGCUGUGGCAGCUGGAGAGCAGCAGCCUGCAGCACCUGGGGCUCCUGCAUCUCCUCAUGGCAAGCUGGGUCCAAGCUUCACUCCCAGUGCUGUGGAAGCUGGAGCCAGGAUGGGAGAGCAAUCUGCACUCACCUCUGGAGACAGCAGCCCUGCUGAUGUGUCUGCUGCUGAUUUCACUGAAGUGCCAAGGAAGCUGUUCUCUGUGCAGCUGACUGCAGCAGAGGACCCCCAAAAGCCACCUGGGGCCAAUGGAGCUGGCAGCCUGCUGGAUUCCCAGGCUGCCGGCGGUGUGCAGGAGGAGGACGUGGGGCGGCUGGAGCGGGAGCGGAGCCAGGCCUUGAGGGAGGUCAGCAGGUUGAAGGAAGCCAAGGCGGCUGUGGAGGAGACAAGAGCCCUGAGGAGCAGGAUUCACCUGGCAGAAGCUGCACAGAGGCAGGCUCGGGGCAUGGAGCAGGACUACGAGGAAGUGAUUGGGCUGCUGGAAGCCGAAAUCGCCGAGCUGAAGGCUCAGCUGUGCCAGCGCUCAGGGCAGGACAGAGGUGGCCUGCAGGAGCUGAGGAGGAGGGUGACGGUGCUGGACUGCCAGCUGCGCAAGGCCGAGGCGGCCAGGGGGACCUUCGAGGUGGCUGCUGAGAAGCUGCUCCAGUUUGUGGAGGUUGUGCAUGAAGUACUUUCAGAGACCUCUGCUUCCUCAACUCUUUUAAGUGAUAGAAGAACAACACUGCCUGCUAAAGCCUUUCUGGCACGGCUGGGAAGGGUUGGACCUCCUCUGACAGCAGCUCUUGCAGCAGAAGCCAGAGACCUCGCCAAGUCUGUCCGGGCCCUGAUGGAAGUGGAGUGUCUGCCUUAUGGAUGGGAAGAAGCUUACACAGCAGAUGGGAUCAAGUAUUUCAUCAACCACGUGACGCAGACGACCUCGUGGACCCAUCCCGUCAGCAGCGCCCUGAGCUGCCUCUGCCCUGAGGAGGAGGAGGAGGAUGCAGUCGGAGAGCUUCCUGCGCCCAAGAGCUGAGAGGCUGUGCUGACAGGGAGUAGUCUGCCUGAUUUCCAUUCCUUAGCACACACUUUGCAACCUAGCUGCUUUCUAGUCUCACAUGGCAGCACCGGGUGGCGUUUGUCCCCUGCAAGCCAGGGCAGGUUCUGCUGGUUUGGGGUGGGGUUAUUGGUGGCUGCUACAGAAGAGGCAGGAGCUGCAGGAGCCUCCCUUUGGUCCUUAACCUGUCCCAGCUGGGUCUGCAGGAAUCAGCCUUUUCCAGCCUUCUCAUAUCUUCCCUGCUGGCACAGCAGCCCUGGCCUGAAAUGGAGCUCUGAGCAGCGUGAGAGUUAAAAGGGGACCACUGGAGGCAGUUCCAGGAGGAGCUUCACAGAAGCACAGUCUGCAAGCUGCAGGCUGAGGUGCUGAGCUUACCCAGUGCUACUGCUUGUGAUGGAGGUGCCUUCAACUACUGAAGAGGGGGUUUGGCUUUCCUUGAUACUAAGAGGAAGUUGUUGU